CGUUCCUGCCGCCUCCCAUUCCCAAAUAUCUCCUCGGCUCCCCUCGCCAUGGGCAGCGCCGCCGCCUCGCCGCCGCCGUCCGGGAAGGUGUCGCAGGACGAGCUCAAGCGCGUGGCGGCGCACCGCGCGGUGGAGUUUGUGGAGCCCGGCAUGACGCUGGGCCUCGGCACGGGUUCCACAGCCGCGCACGCGCUGGACCGCCUGGGUGACCUCCUCCGCGCGGGCGCGCUGCCGGGGGUCGCCGGCGUGCCCACCUCCCUCAAGACGGAGCUCCACGCGGCGCGCGUCGGGAUCCCGCUGCUCCCGCUCGACGCGGCCUCGGGCGCCCGGAUCCGCCUCUCCAUUGACGGCGCCGACGAGGUCGACCCGGACCUCAACCUCGUCAAGGGCCGCGGCGGGUCGCUGCUGCGGGAGAAGAUGAUCGAGGGCGCCGGGGAGCGGUUCGUCGUCAUCGUCGACGAGUCCAAGCUCGUGCCCAGGCUCGGGUGCACGGGCGCCGUCCCCGUCGAGGUCAUCCCAUUCGGCGCGCCCCACACGCUGGGCCUCGUCCGCAAGGUGUUCGACGGAUUGCCGGGUUUCCACGCCAGGCUCAGGACGGUCGUGGACGGCGACCUGGGUUCGGCGCCGUUCGUCACUGACAACGGCAACUACAUCGUCGAGAUGUUCUUCGAGGACGGCAUACGCGGCGACCUGCAAGACAUCAGCGACCGCCUCCUCCGGAUCACCGGCGUCGUCGAGCACGGCAUGUUCCUCGGCAUGGCCACCACCGUCAUCGUCGCCAACAAGGACGGCACCGUCACGUUCCUCCACAGGAAGAGUAAGCUUAUUUAACGAUCAUCGCGCGGCGGAGACGAUCAUCGCGCGGCCAGCCAAGAUCUCUCAUUCCAGCAGCCAAGAAAAAAAAAGGAGAAAAAAAGGCAGUCAAAUUUCUUCGCUAGCCGUCGCCGCGCUUUUGACCUUUACGUUGUGCGAAUAUCUUAUCAGCUGUCCCUGUCUGUUUAUCUGGUGAUGCGGUGAACAUGGACCAGUGCUUUGUGUUCAUCCAUCCAUUGGGCAAUUUGAGCCGUGUGCAGAGGACAUACAAUGACCAUCCUUUGAACAUGGCCCAAUAAACAAGAAAGAAAAUGUCUGGCAAAAGCAAUGUCAACUUGCUGUCCCUUUGAAAUAUGCGAGAAUUUCGCAAACAUUCUGUAUGAUCUGAUAUGAGAGAUGUAUCAGAUAUCCAAUGAGCGGAUGGAUAUGCUUACAUUGCUCUCGACCUUUUGCCAUUUUCCCUGAAAACAGGAGAAAUGGUAUUAAUGUUGUAUUAAGAAUAGGAAAUUUGUGGAGA